GUUGUAGCUGUUAGCUGGUGUUACGUCAUUAAAGAUAGAUUAUAAUCGCUUAUUGUGACGUAAUUAUUGUAAUUAUUACUUCGAUUGUUGGCAAUUAUUGAAAGCGCGAAACGAUUGUGACGUUUAGGUUGUGUUUGUGACGUAUAUUCGAUAAUUCUAGUUUUACCGAAAUAGUUGUUCUGGCUGACUGGUUUGCGCGCCCCGAGGCGAGAAGUGUUUAUGACAUCAUUAAUCUUAUUGUUUAAGGUUGUUACGUCAUAAUAUGUAAUAAUGGGGAAGUUCAAGAAUAUUUUCAAAUGUUGCUGGUCACGUGAGGAAGAUUGUGACGCAACAACGAACGGAAAUGACGAAUGUCGCAAAGAAUCGAAAUUGGAAGGUUUUAGCAAUCUCGCUUAUGACGCAACCACCGAUGUGACGUCAUCACCGCUUAAGUGCACCACCACGCGGCCGAUACAAUCCCGACAAGUGAGCGAUAUUUCCGAACUUUAUCGAAUUCCAGAUGAUGGAAAAAGUUUGAGUGAACUCGUCUUUGAGGAGCUUGAUAAACAUGCUGCUGACGUCACCCACAAUGACGUCACGCAUGAUGACGCAGCUGCAGGUAGCAGCAACGUAAACAACAACAGCAAUAACUAUGAUGACCAUGGUUCAAUGCAUUUUAAACCAAGCGUGGCGGACUCAGAAUGGAGGAAUAAAUUGAGAUUGGAACUCGAAGAACCUGAUACAUUUUUUGAAUCAGACGAUGAUGACGUAGACGAAGAUGUAAAAGAUGACGACGUUGCUGAUGACGUAGGUGAUGACGUCGAAUUAACAAUGACAUCACGAAACCCCGGCAACAUAUCUCGAACCUCCUCGAAUCGACCUAUCGUCCUUGAGCGACCUUUAGUGAUCGAUAAUGGUUCGUACCGAGUAAGGUUCGGGUGGGGAGGAGACUUCGCACCUACCGCCACCACGCGGAAUAUUGUGGGCCGCUGGAGGGCGGAAGCAAGCGAAGCGUGGCAAGAGGCGUUAGGGUCAAAGUUCAUCGGUGACGUAGCGAUUGACCGUCACGCUACAUUGAACUUACACAGCCCGAUACGAGAUGGGCGGAUAACGAACUGGGAGAACAUGCGUGACGUAUGGAGUGACGUCAUGGACGAUGACGUAGACGUGACGCAACAUCCGGUGCUCAUCACUGAACACGUCACAAUCGACAGGAAACAAAGAGAAAGAAUGGCAGAGGUUUUAUUUGAAAGUUUAAGAUUUCCCGCCAUUUGUCUUUGCAACCAAUCAAAACUAAGCUCGUAUUCAAACAACCAAUCGUCAUUCAUCGUCAUCAAUUGUGGUUAUGACGUCACAGAGGUGGUACCAUUGUUCGAAGGUCACGUGUUAACACAUGCUGUAUCUAGGUUGGACGUGGGGGGUCGUCACGUGACCGAGUACCUAGCUCGUCUCGCCAACACAGAGAGAGGUUGUAACUUGGUCACCACACCGGAGGUGGAGGUGGUCAACUCGAUUAAGGAAGAAUUCGCUUUUCUACGUACAGCAGAUUCAGACAAGCAGGCGAUCGACAAAGAGUUCGAGUUACCUGAUGGCCGAACCAUUAAACUUGGGGAUGAACUAACUCGAUGCGGAGAGGUUUUGUUUAAUCCGGGUGUUGUGACGUCACAGGAACAAGGGUUGCCACAACUUGUGUCCAACACCAUCAACAAGUUGGAUCCCGACUUCGUGGCCGAGACAGGCGGUCUCGUAUACAUCACUGGAGGCGCUAGUGGACUGGGUGGCUUGGAGGAAAGGCUACAGAAAGAAGUGGAUUGUUACGUCACAGACGCUGUUGUUCAACUGUUGUCACGUGACGAAAACGCGGCAUGGAUCGGCGGGUCAUUGUUUACAGAACAAUCGAACUUUUGUCAUUAUUGCGUCACAGAGGACGAUUAUUUUGAACAAGGGCCGCGAAUUUUGCAUCGAGUGUUCUGUUGAAUAUUAUUAUGACGUAUAUAUCGCGUGUUUCUCUAUGCCAAUAUAUGUAUUAUCUGUGUAUUAUUACGUCAAACCGUGUAUUAUGACGUCAUAUCGCGUUAUGAAAGGAUAAACCGCUAUAUCUAAACAACAUAGACACAACAUUUUAGUUGUUUAUUUUCAACGCCUCUUUUUUCCCUUCCCUCUCUUCUUUCCUCCCUUCUUCUUUCCUUUUCUCUUCCCCCCAACUUUAGCCCCAAGCACCAAGGCCUUACCAGUAAGUUUAAUCUUCGUUCCUUUCUUUGUAACGACUUUCUUUUUGCACAGCCAGGUUAUGACGUGUUUUAGGAGGAAAUCGUUCCGAACGUGAUGUUUUUCCUCAAUAUACUUGGCCAGGGUAUUAUAACUACUACCCCUCGGUUCGUUAAGUCGUUUCAGUGCUUGUAGGACCAUGGUUCUGUACUUCGGUUUAGCCUUGCGCUUCUUUGUCUUACUUGCUCGUUUUGCCUUUUUCUUCCGUUUGCCGGAUGGAAACGGGAAGGGAAACGUCACUUCCUCUUCGUCCGACGACAUCUCAACGUGUUUCAACAUUAAACAACAAACUUAAAAAUAUAA